AUGGCAUCUGACAGCUUCCAGUACCGGGCCCUUUUUGAAUAUGAGUGUCAGCGUGAGGAUGAUAUUAGUCUCCAGCCAGGUGACCUGCUCACUGUUCCAAAGGCCACACUGAUGGCAGCAGUUGGGCUGGAGUACCAGGAGGGGGAUGAGUGUAAUCCCAAAGGUUGGUUGCACGGGAUCAAUGAAAGGACCAAGAAGAAAGGAGACUUUCCAGGGACUUUUGUGGAGUAUGUUGGGGUGGUCAAAAAUGGCCCUGCUUUAGCUAAAUCCUGGUACCGUCCUGUACCGCCAACUCCAGGGGGGCAACAGACUAUGGUGGGGCCUCAGCCUCCUGGCGCAGCUGCUGCUUCGGGUGUGGAGAAAGAGCUUCUGUCUGAAGGAGCACCUGUGAUUGUUUGGAGACUCAUCGAGGCUAUUGAGAAACAUGGUCUUAAUGAUUCACUGUACCAAGCCCCAGCAGCAUCCACUGGACCUGUUGAGCUCCACCAGGCUCUAGAAUCAGAUCCGCUCUCAGUGGAUUUGAACCAAUAUGAUGUGGUUGCUCUGACUGAUGCUCUAAGAGGUUUCCUGCAGGAUCUGCCUGCCCCCAUCAUUCCUGCCACCAUCUACAGUGAGCUGGUCUAUACUGCUCAAGAGAGUCAGAGUGUGGAGGAGUGUGGAGACAGGCUGAAAAGGAUCCUUGAGUCUCCCAGUAUCUCUCAAGCCAACCACCAACUCCUGGUCCACCUCAGCAGACACCUGCAUCGAAUCAGCCAGGAAAGUCAGGUCUACCCCCGGCUGCUAGGACAGUCCUUCACUGAUGUCAUAUUCAAGAACUCUCCUCUUAGUGCGGAUGUGAAUCCAGAGCAUCACAUCAGGAUUUUAGAGGCUCUCAUUGCAACUGGAGGUCUCACAGAGAUGCAAGCAGCACCAGCUCUUCCUCCAAAGCCAGCCAAGCCCCAGCAGCCCUCCUCAGAUGGGAUGGGAGGGGGCAGCAGCAGUGUCACCAAGGAUGGAGGAGUGGGAGGCUCCCUGCAAGAGGCCGAGUGGUACUGGGGUGACAUAUCCAGGGAGGAGGUGAAUGAGAAGCUCAGAGACAUGCCCGAUGGGACGUUCUUGGUUCGCGACGCUUCUACCAAGAUGCAAGGCGACUACACGCUCACAUUAAGGAAAGGGGGCAAUAACAAGCUGAUAAAGAUAUACCACAGAGAUGGGAAGUAUGGCUUCUCCGACCCCCUGACAUUCAGCUCUGUAGUGGAGCUCAUCAGCCACUACAGGCAUGAGUCUCUGGCUCAAUACAACACCAAGCUGGAUGUCAAGCUCAUGUACCCCAUCUCCCGCUUCCAGCAGGACCAGCUGGUGAAGGAGGACAACAUUGAUGCUGUGGGGAAGAAGUUGCAGGAAUACCACAAUCAGUACCAGGAGAAAAGCAAAGAAUAUGACAGACUGUAUGAAGAGUACACCAAGACAUCACAGGAGAUCCAGAUGAAGCGGACAGCCAUCGAGGCCUUCAAUGAGACUAUCAAGAUUUUCGAGGAGCAAUGCCACACGCAGGAGCGCUACAGCAAGGACUACAUUGAGCGCUUCAGGCGUGAGAACAAUGACACAGAGAUUGAGCGCAUCAUGAUAAACUAUGAGAAGCUUAAAUCUCGCCUAGGAGAGAUCCACGACAGCAAGGUGCAGCUAGAGCAGGACCUAAAGACGCAAGCCAUGGAAAACCGCGAGACGGACAAAAAGAUGAACAGCCUAAAACCCGACCUCAUACAGCUGCGCAAGAUCAGGGACCAGUAUCUAGUCUGGCUCAAUCAUAAAGGAGUCCGCCAGAAACGAAUUAAUGACUGGCUGGGAAUCAAGAAUGAAAACACAGAUGAAGGCUACUUUGUGAGUGAGGAAGAUGAGAACUUGCCUCACUAUGAUGAGAAGAACUGGUUUGUGGGGGAUCUGAACAGGACACAAGCAGAGGAGCUGCUCCUGGGGAAGCCGGAUGGCGCAUUUCUUAUCCGAGAAAGCAGCAAAAAGGGGUGCUACGCCUGCUCUGUAGUUGUGGAAGGGGAGGUGAAGCACUGUGUCAUCUACAGCACACCACGUGGCUUUGGUUUUGCUGAACCCUACAACCUGUACAGCAGCCUGAAGGACCUGGUGCUCCACUACCACCAGACGUCCCUGGUGCAGCACAACGACUCACUAAAUGUGCGUCUUGCCUAUCCUGUCUACGCACAGAUGCCCUCUGGACGAAGAUGAACCCCAGCCAACCCUGUUACACAACUAACCCCACAUGGACAACAACACUUCUGGGAAAAGGAGAAUAGAGAGCAUGAUGAAGCUUAAUAGGUGGAGGUGGGAUUGGUUGAAUUACAAAACAACCCCAUAACCAGACCUGAUAAACACAGAUACAAUUUUAACAUUUGCUAAACACACAUCAUCCACCUUGGAAUUAUAUAUUUUUACAAGAACAAUUUUGGAGGGCAUUCUUUCUAAAGACUGCUUGAUUUGCACAAGGAAGUUUUAAAUGUUUUUGAAUGUGGGGGGAAAAAGUGGCCGAAGGAAGGAAAUGGAGUAGGAGAUGUCAGAAUUUCAGGUUGACCUCGCUGCUACCUAAACUCCAGCUCAGACGUUAUACCAGAAACUCAAAAAAACUACAAGAACGAUGACAGAACAUUCCCAUUUUCAAA